GGGAGCAUGAAAUCUGAAUUGGGGGGUCCUAUAGACAUUUUCUUUAGGAACCUUGGACCACACAUUUCGCUCUAUAAGAAGCCCUUUGGAGCCCCAUUUGUAUCAUUGCUUCAAGGGUUUCAAGUUUCAACACACACACUGUCUCUGUACACUACAAAGUGUAAGUUGUUAACAAAGAAAGGAAGGAGCAUAGACUCAAAGAUGAGCAAAGAUUCCAUGAGAGGUUCAAAGAAGAAAGUUUUAUGCAGAAGGCUUGGAGGGUGCCUCAAAGAGCAAAAAGGAAGACUAUACAUAAUCAGAAGAUGUGUAGUCAUGCUUCUCUGUUGGCAUGACUAGAAUCAUUCUCAACAACAAGCAUUGUUUAACGUUCUUCUUUGCGGCUCAUCAUAUCGUGGAUCAGCACACUCUAGAGUCCUCAAAGCCAUAGCCAAGGAUCAAAGUUCAAGCACGCAGAAAAAAGGAUAAAUAUUUUGUUAGCUCUUUAUUAUUAUUAUUCACUAGGUAAAUAGCAGAGCAAGUAACGUUAGAGACAAUUUUCCUUCAUAUCAUGCCUAAAAAAUGUAUGUUCUCUACGUGCAAAAAGCUAAUUGGUGAAAGUAUUGAAUCAAAAUUUUCAGUUUCUAUUCUGCA